GCCUACACCUCACCCUUUCAACCGAUCAUCUCCCCCUUCUUCUUUUCGUUUUUCAUUUCUUUUUGUGAAGCUCCAGCAAAUCGCUGAGCGUGCAGUGCCGCUUCCUUUUGCUGUUGUUUAUCAGCAGAUAAACUGGCGGUACACACAUCCGUAAGAGAAACAGCCGUCAAGGCCAACAAACAAAGCACAUGCCGCGUGAUCACGAUCGUGAGCACACCCACCGCGCCGCCACCGGCGCCUUGGUGCGCACGGAUCGACCAGCCGCCCCUCAUCUGCCGCCGGCGUCCGCCUCGCAGGUCGAGCGCCGCACCCACGUCGACGAGCGCACGCACGCCAAGGCGUACUACGCGCGCGACGGGCAGGGGCGAGAGGUUUACGCCACGUACUACAACUCUAACGACGACCCAACCUUCCAGGCACGCUACAACAACCACAACGGGCAGCGCACCUUCAUGACGACCUCGUCCUUCACGUGUGUGUCCAACGGCGGCAGUAAUACGCGGAAUCCGCAACGGAUGCCAGCGGCGGUCAUCGAAGAGGAAGACGAGCCGGAAGUGCCCGAUGUGGACACGCGGCGCCACUUCUACACCCGCGCCGCGCAACCCGCCGCGCAGCCCAUCGUGGAAGAGCCAGACGAUGACGGCAACGACAACGACACGGAAUACGCGUACAUGGACAGCGUGCGCCGGUCCCGCGACGCGCCAGAUUUGUUGUCCCCUUAUCAUCAGCAUCAUCAUCGCCAGCAGCAGCAGCAGCAGCCAUCGCGUCACUACCGCGACGACACCGACAUGUAUCAGCUCAGCCCUUUUGGCCCGUCGAACAUGCUGAUGCAUGACUUCUUCAUGGACGACUUUCUUGGUGGGCCGCGCAGCCUGUUCGGCGGGAUGGAUGCGAUGCGACAGCACAUGUCGCGGCAGCGCGCGGCCAUGUUCGGUGGUGUGGACCCAUUUGUGAACUUUUUCUAA